AUGCUGGCUGCAGCAGCGGAUUCAGCUCAGCAACUGCGGGCAUGGCAGAAAGCGCUUCUGCUACCUGCCUUGGCAGCCUCCAGCAUCGUGCCGCCAGCGCUGGCGGAUCUCCAAAGUUGCUGCCUGGAGCUGCCACAGGACGGUGGCCUUUCAGAAGCUUCAGAGCUGGCUAUGGCUGGACUGCUCCUGAUCGUGAGAGAUGAGAACGCGGAUCGCACAAUCCGGGAGCCGUGCGGCCGCCUGCUCCUGGCGGCGUUGGCCGCCGCGGUGGAAGACGAGGGCUCCUGUGCUGAGCUGCUGACAUUGGCAGUGAUGGGUGUGCGCUUCGAGUUGCCAAAAGUGGGCCUUGAAGCUUUGCCGUUGCAGACCCUCCUGUGCCUCCGCAACUGCGGAGAUCG